CUGCGCAACAACUCAAUUGGUUGGUUGAGCUAAGUCCGUAGCAUCCAGCGAUGCUCGAAUCAGCAGGCUGAUGAUACCUGCAAAGAAUGUCCCGUUCCACGGCUUCGGCCACUCAAAGGCGGAAGAGUGCAGUGCCGAUGUUCAUGGCACGUCAGGAUCACAGAGCGACCACGAAAUUGCCGGUGUUGGUAGGAAGAAUCCGUGGUCGCUAAGCGCCAAAACGGCAAAGUUUGACGAUGCUCCUGCGCACCAUUCCAUCCGACAUCCGCUCCGAAGCCGCCCUUGUGUAACGAUUCUGCGCCUGUGCAGCGAUGGCAGCGAGUUUCAACGUUCACAAAGUGAACUUAGCCAACAGUACUCUCGCGUGCGCAAAGGGACCGAUACAGGUGGUACUCUGUUCCAUACGCUGACUCGGUUUUGGUAUGAGGUGCUACAAAGUGGACAAUCAUAACAGUCUCGAGUACACCACU